UGAUGAUGACCUUUUCUCCAAAUUAAGGAUGCUGCCUCCGACCCCUAUUUAAGAAUCCUUUUCAUUCUCGUCCUUUGGUUUUUCUCUUUUCUUCGGUAAAAAAUUGUUUUUUGUGUUUUUUUCUCAAGUCCUUAUCUGAGCCGUCCGUUCCACUUCCACGCCUAUCUAAUUUCCUCGUUUUUCAACUUAACAUUACACCAACCGCGCGACAACAGCUUCUUCUUCUUCUUCCUCGCAUGCAUAGGCUGUUUUGCUUUUCUUUUCCUUUCCUUCCGGUGUUCUUCUUAUUCUUUUAAUUCUUCGUCUUCCACGCAGCUUUAAUAUUACUUUUCUAUCUUCCCGUGCCUAUUGUCCAUGGAUCAUGACCCAAUUGCUCAUGAUAUUUAAUCCCCCCAACAAAAAAAAAAGUUUGAUAGUUUACGAGACCGACCACAGGCCUAGAGAAAAAUGGGCAUCUCUGUGAGAGUUGGAUUCAUGGCAGUCUUUGCGGUCUCGGGAAGCGUAGUUCUCCUUGCUCAUCAAGUACAUAAGCGCCUCCUCUCUGAUUUCAUGAAAAAAGUUGAAUCUGAAUUGGGUACUACUACUCGUGUCCUGCACUCCCAUGCCAAAAAGCUGAAAAAAGUGGAAUCCGAAUUGGGGUCCGAGAAAUAUCAAGCCAAGAAGAAGGUCAGAUUUGCAGACGAUGUUAAAGAACCGUCAUCGAAUAACAAAGAAUACCGUAAGCAACAGUACUUGUCGAAGCAAAAGCAAAGUCAAUGAAGUACAUAUGGGCGGGACAGGUCGUUGAUGGUCGCAAAUUGGAGCUCGCCACGCGCGGCAGCCAGCCAACAGAUCAAAACUCUGUAGUUUCUGCAUGUUUUGUUGUUGUUGUUCUUGUGCUGGCGUUUAAUCUUUCCAUGUAGUGGCGGUGUUCAUGUUUUCGAUCUUUUUUUGCAACAAAAUAGGGAUACAACAGGGGGGGGAUCAUGUUGUAAAUAUCAGAAGUAGUACUUCCCAUAAACGCUUUUUUUUUCCUUUUUGUAUGUA